CGAACACGCAAAACACGAAGUUGGUUUGGGAACAGGGAGCUCGAUCGCCGUCCCUACCACCACGCCGUCGCCCUAUAUAUCUUACUCCAUAAACCCUAAUCCCCGUCUCCUCAUAAACCCUAAUUCCUGUAUCCUCGGUCGCUUCCAUCGUCGUUACGGUAGUUUAGUCGUUCGACGCAGAUACAGAUGCAGAUGCAGGUGCAGGCGAUGGAAGAAGAAGAGAGAGAGAUGAGGAGCAGCAGCAACAACAGCGUGAUUUGCCUCCUUUCUAAUCCCGAAGGAGAACCUCUCGGUGCUCCGCUUUAUCUCCCACAAAACUCGGGGCCUCCGCAGCUCCAGGAGAUUGUUAACAAGCUUCUUAACAAUGAUGAGAAGCUACCUUAUGCAUUUUACAUAUCAGAUCAGGAGCUUGUUGUUGAGCUUGGAUCUUACUUACAGAAAAAUAAAGUUUCUGUGGAGAAGGUUUUGAGCAUAGUUUACCAACCUCAAGCAAUUUUCCGAAUCCGUCCAGUUAAUAGGUGCUCUGCUACUAUUGCCGGCCAUACGGAAGCUGUGCUUUCUGUUUCCUUCAGUCCUGACGGACGAAACUUGGCCAGUGGUUCUGGUGACACCACAGUAAGAUUGUGGGAUCUUAAUACACAAACACCAUUAUUUACAUGCACAGGGCAUAAAAAUUGGGUCCUUUCCAUUGCAUGGUCACCUGAUGGAAAGCAUCUUGUUAGUGGUAGCAAGGCGGGAGAACUUAUAUUAUGGGAUCCACAAUCUGGGAAACAAUCAGGAGGUCCACUUACGGGCCAUAAGAAGUGGAUCACAGGUAUUUCAUGGGAACCUAUACACUUGCAAGCUCCCUGUCGUCGUUUUGUUAGUUCCAGUAAGGAUGGCGAUGCACGUAUUUGGGAUAUUUCUUUGAGGAAGUGCAUUAUUAGUCUUACCGGCCAUACACUGGCAGUGACCUGCGUAAAGUGGGGGGGCGAUGGUAAUAUUUACACGGGUUCUCAGGAUUGUACGAUCAAAGUAUGGGAAACUACUCAAGGAAAGCUUAUCCGUGAAUUGAAGGGGCAUGGUCACUGGGUUAAUUCCUUAGCUUUGAGCACUGAAUAUGUUCUUAGAACUGGACCUUAUGACCAUACAGGGAAAACAUAUUCAACCCCUGAAGAAAUGAAGGAGGCAGCACGUACAAGAUAUGACAAAAUGAGAGGAAAUGCUCCUGAGAGAUUAGUUUCAGGUUCGGAUGAUUUCACGAUGUUUUUAUGGGAACCUUCCGUUAGCAAGCAGCCAAAAGCCCGCUUGACUGGUCACCAACAGCUUGUAAACCAUGUAUAUUUUUCUCCGGAUGGGCAAUGGUUAGCAAGUGCCUCUUUCGACAAAUCUGUCAAGUUGUGGAAUGGCGUUACGGGUAAAUUUAUUGCUUCUUUUAGAGGACAUGUUGGACCAGUAUACCAGAUCAGUUGGUCCGCCGAUAGUAGGCUUCUGCUUAGUGGAAGCAAGGAUUCUACUUUAAAGGUUUGGGAUAUUCGGACACACAAGUUGAAACAAGACCUUCCAGGACACGCCGAUGAGGUUUUCGCUGUCGAUUGGAGCCCUGAUGGUGAGAAGGUCGCAUCGGGUGGCAAAGAUAGAGUCCUCAAGUUAUGGAUGAGUUAAGCCCAACUCUUCUGAAUUAUUUGGUAGGGGCACAUUUUUGUGAGAUCAUAUUACAAAUGCUAAAUCUGCGGGAGUCGAUGUAUAGUUUUAUGUAUCAGUUGGCUGACCUUUUUUCACAUAAUAGAGAUAUAUGAGAUGCAAUUCUUUUGAA